AUGGCUGCCAGAGAUAUCCUCCAUAAGAUGAAGGAAAAAGUCGGGUUUGGUUUAUCAGACCCUGAUUCAGGGAAAGGCAAGAGCAAGAUGUCAAAACACAUAACUCACGGCUUUCACUUGGUAAAGGGAAAAUCAUAUCAUGAAAUGGAGGAUUAUCUUGUUGCCAGAUUUAAGCAAAUCGAUAACCAUGAAUUAGGCUUGUUUGCAAUAUUCGAUGGCCAUGCUGGUCACAAUGUACCUAACUACUUGCAGUCUCAUUUGUUCGAUAAUAUCUUAAAAGAGCCUGACUUCUGGAGAGAACCUGAAGAUGCUGUCAAGAGAGCGUAUAGUAUAACCGAUUCUAGUAUUUUAGAGAAGUCAGGUGAAUUGGGUAGAGGGGGUUCAACCGCGGUUACUGCAAUAUUGAUUAACGGUCAGAAGUUAAUAGUUGCCAAUAUUGGAGACUCUCGGGCUGUCUUAUCAAAGAAAGGCGUGGCCAAACAACUGUCGGUCGAUCAUGAACCAACCACAGAACACGAGGAUAUCAAAAAUAGAGGUGGUUUUGUAUCAAGAUUUCCAGGUGAUGUUCCGCGAGUUGAUGGACGGUUGGCAGUGUCUAGAGCAUUUGGUGACAAAAGCUUGAAGAAACAUUUGAGUUCAGAGCCAUACGUGACAGUGGAGAAGAUAAAUGAUGAUGCAGAAUUUAUCAUAUUAGCCAGUGAUGGAUUAUGGAAGGUAAUGUCGAAUCAAGAAGCGGUUAAUUGUAUCAAAGAUAUAAAGGAUGCCCGGUCUUCAGCAAAGCGCCUCACUGAGGAAGCGGUUAACAGGAAAAGCAGCGACGAUAUCUCGUGCAUUGUUGUGAAACUUCAGUGA